GGAGUGUUUUAUUACUUACGCCAUUGCAUAUGGACCUUGGCACUUAUGGGUCCGGAGAUUACCAUCAUAGCUGGAGCGGGAAAUCUGUGAGCUCCCGCAUCAACAACAAUGCACCAUGAUGGAUGAGCUGGUGCAGGACCUGGUGUCGGCUCUGGAGCAGAGUUCCGAGCAAAGUAAACUGGGGGAGCUGUGGGAGGAAAUGGUCCUGAGUCCGCUGCAACAGCGCCGGCAGAUCCGUCGUCGCAGGGGCCGAAAACGCUGUCGUGAAUCCUCCCUCUAUCCGCUGGAGCACAGACCAUGCUGGAUUGAGGCCUCAGAGUCCAGCUUGGACGAAACUAAAGAAUGCAGGGAGAACUCUUCCUCAACCAUCACUGCGUCUGUGGCCAACUGCAGCGACUCUGAUGACAUGACUUCAACCAACCGAUGGCGCUCCGUCAUGAGAGGGCCAGUCAGGACUAGGCACCCCUCCUGGCCAGAGUCUGACUCCUUCACCGAGAAUAAUCCCGGACGGCCACACAGGAGGCGGAGGAAGGUCAAACGUAUGACCUCAAAUGUCACGGUUAGGUUGCAGCAAAAGUUAAAAGUUUCCGGUGUUGACAGGAAACAGGGACACAGGACGUCUAGGAUGCAGCAUCUGUCAGGAUCGAAGAAAAAGUCUGGCGCUUGGGUGGGAGCAGACCGACAGACUGAAGGAGCCAGGCUGAUGGGAAAGGAGUGCUGGAAGAGAAAGAUGGCCAAGGAACACAGAGAUGCUGCAGAUGAGAACAUGUCUGAGGGGGAGACCAGCAGUACAUGCAGCAGUGACCCUGGCCUGUUCACCAAUGAUGAGGGAAGACAAGGCGAUGACGAGCAGAGCGACUGGUUUUUCGAGGGGGACUGUGGUGUUGGGUCGGGCGUGGCUGGCAUGCUGCCCGGCUGGGACUCAGACAACCAGCUGUCCCUUGAGGACAACCGUCCCUCGCCCACCUUCCUUCAACCUGCACGGCCCUCUCAGAGAGGGUAUCGGUAUCAUUCACGUCUGAAACGAGUGACUGGCUCUGCCGCAUGCUGCAUGAGAAAGGACAGGAGGCGGCUUCCCAGCAAGGGCAACAGUGUGCCGAUGUUUGUAGAGAGGCUGAGACAUUUCUCCCAAGAUCCAUACCAGAGAGACUUUUGGCUGCCUGCUGUUGGAAAACGAGACCGAAGCCAGUUGAACCCUUUGUGCCCAUUACCAGUGUGUCCUAUUGACAUGGUGUCAGAGAGCUCCCAUCUCAGAUGUUCCUCCUCAAUGUGCAGAAACAGGCAGACUAACGUCACUCCGGGACUGUUAUGCACAGGAGGCAUCAGGAGGAGGAGGGAAACAGAAGGUGUGUCCCUCACAUCAUCAGCUAGCAACCCAUUUCAUAAGCAUCACCAGAGAGAAGAGGCACGGGGAACCAGUAACACCUCAACCCUAAAGGCUGUGGGACCAAGUGUGCCAGGUUUACAGUCCUCUAUUUCUGCUCAGCCUGAGAGUUCAUCUUUCCCUGGGGGGGACCAUGAAGACACCUUCACAGGGCAGGACGUGCUAGUCUGGAAGAUCGUGCCAAAAGAAAAACUAUUGUGCCAGAGAAAAGGCUAAAACUCCUCUUUCUGCCCAAACUUAAAGACAAAGAAAAAAUACAAAGCACAUCAUUACUUCUCAAAUCAGCAUGUUACUGCUAGAUCCAGUCUUUCCAGGUAGUAUAUUAAUCAUGACAAAUGUUAAUGCAAUCAGGCCUUGUUAAGCCUCUGCCAUCUCCUCAAGGAAGAAAGCAGCUUCAAGAGGCUCCUCGUUUGACUCAAGACUCAACGGCUCCUCCUGUUUCCACACACAGUCUCCAGGCCACCUGCUACCACACAAUCCGGCAAUUAUGUCCACUCUGGUAGCACAGCGUUUGUCAGCAGGGACACUGGGAGUAUGGUCAGGUGAGGCUGGGUGGCUGGGUGGGGGGAGUCUGCUCUACUUUACGGCAGCCAACAAUGGCUGAAGCAGCACGUAGCUAGCUCCGAGACAGCAGAGCAUCAGAAUGUUUAGCGGCCACAUGCUGCUACAGAGUUCAGAGAGGCGACCACCGGUAGAGAGCCACACAAAGUACAGGCCUCCUAUUAGCAUGGAUUUGAAAAGCUACAGUUUUUACAAAGGUGCUCAUUAGCACAAUACAGAGUUAGUAUAGUCGCGGUCCUCAGAGGGCUGCCUCUGUUCUCUCCAGCUUACCUUCCAUAUUAAAAUUUCCCCAAAUGUAUUUAAGUUCAAGGCCAGCUGCAAAUCUGUUUGAACAGCCUGUUUUUCAGUAGUGGUGGAUUAGUUGCUUAUGGGGUUAUGCAGAAAGUGAAUGAGAGCCAGCAGAAAGGAGUUGUUGGAGACAGGAGAGUAGAGUAGCACACUGUCUUUUCACCCACCCUUGGGGUAUACAUUUCCCAGGCUCCCUUGGCAUCAGAUGCAUUAAAAGAUCAAUGGCAGCAUACAGUGAGAUCAAACACAACAGUUCUCGCCAAGCUGGCAAACAAGCAGUAUUUUAAGAAAAAUGCAUUUUGAUAUCGGGGUCAAGUGAAGUACAUUCUGCUUGAACUAAACCAUAUAACUGUUAAAGUCUAUAGAAACAUCAGAGGGAUUUUGGUUGUGUGCAAAAGUUUAAUGUUUUAACAAAAAUAAGCAGAUCUGAAAGACUCAGCACCAAAAGGCACAGGUAUGCACUUUCUGUAAUGAUUACAGUAAUUACCUUUUUUAGUGAAACGAACUGCAUUAACAUCAGCUACAUACUGCAUGUCUUUUCAGACACUUUAAAGUCUUAUUUAAGAGAAGAAUUGCAUUUAGUAGAAUGAGAUUUGCCAAUUAAUCUGAGUUAUACGUCUGCAAUAAUCUGUCUGAGAAGGCUUUAUGUGAUCAUGUUGGCCAGGGAUGACAUUUAUAAAUGCUGUGUGUGCACACUCGUCUAAAUGGAUGCCUCACACAAGAUAUCCUGCCACAGGAUGUCCCCCCCGCCACUGCUCCUAUGUCUGCAGCUGCAGCUUGACCGGGUCCAGCAGCACCUUGGGCACUUCCAACGGCAUGAAUACACACCUGAUUGAUAGGAUAAACACAAGUUGAUCUUAGAAAUUAGAGAAAAACAAGUUGCUGUUAAAUAUAUUGGUGGCUUCCUCAACAUGUGCCCCUGAAGACGUUGACAGAUAUUGACUGUAUAAUGCUUAAAGGAGAGCUAUUCGCUGUUGCCUUAUCUGUCAGUCUGUGUUUUAGUGCCAAGGCAUUGACAGGGUAGGAAGACACAUCAGUUGUAUUAGUAGCAGGAAGGGGAAACACCUAAACUGCCUCUCUGGUAAUUAGUAGUCACCUUAAUGACAUCUCAGCCAGACCGUAUGCCCCAAAAUGAAUUUCCAAUGGCCAGGAAGUAGAGGAAUGGCUUCCAUGCAGCCAGUCAAUUGCCCUGUUACAGUUAAGGAAUCCAGCAGGCGGGUACCACUCAUAUUUCAUCCCAGGUAAAGAUUACCUGUCAGGCCCAUGGGAGAUGUAUUGAUCUGUUUUCCUUUUUCUGCCAGCAAUCACCUGACAAAGGCACCUAGGAGGCGAGUGAAUGAGUGAUGCCUGGUCUGGCUGCUCCAGCGUAGUGGCUUCUAGUGUCCACCGAUGGGUGGAGAGGUGAUGAGGAAGAGGACAGAUAAUGCAGUCAUAAACUCUGUUUGAACCUCCUCUGUAUGCAUGCAGGGCAGCCCCCUUGGUGCCCUGAGGUCACAGGUCAGUGGGUAAUGUGCUUUUUUUUGGGCUCCUUUCUUGUCAGUGACGUUUGUUCUUGGUGUGUAGUGUGUAGUGAUGAUAGAAACACAUGCAAAAAAGGCUCUCUGGUUCCUGCUGACAAAUGCAUGUUGCGAGUCACCAUAGUUCAACUCACUUUGGGCUUCAAAAGUGAUCCGGUUUGAUCUGGGCACCCUUCUCGCAAUGAAAUCCAACCUUGGGGUUUCCCUGUCAGUGCGGUGAUGCUACACUAGCACUGAUCAAUAUAUUUUACAUUAUCUCAUGUUUUUUUUGGCAGCUAAAAGUAUUUAUAUAUUUGGCUUGUUCAAUGGAAUGUCAGAGUUGAUAUUAUCCCUGAAGCCAUGCAUUUAAAGUGAUUGCACUGUAUAAAAUGUGUAGUAAUUAUGAUGUGAUACAUAAUUAUAGGUCCAUUAAUUGAGGAUUUAGGUCUGAGGACAUUAAAUACAUAAAUUCAAUUUCAUGAUAGAUAGUAGAUAUGUCUCUCAAUUUAUUCAACAUGUUUUACUGUCGUAUUUUUUAAUUUCAUUUACAAGGAUUUAAAUAUAUCUCCCUGAUAUCAGGGCUCUUAGGCAGCUAUCCACAUUUGAUACGUAGUACAAAUAGCAUCUUAUCUCAUAGGCUGUUAUCUUUAUAUUUAAUAGCAGUGGAGGCAUACCUAAUUGCUUUGCAAAUGAUCUAAAGAGGAUUAGUCCUCCCUUAGAAAGCCUGCACGGUGUCACUAGAUGUUAGAGAGACAUUACAAUAGUAAAAUUCAAUCAAACCUGCAGUGCAGCGUUUAUGCAGUAGCUCUGUUUUCUAUGAUCAUCACCUGCAUGAGGUGGAUACUCUGCUUUUGAAUAAACUCUGUAUGUACAUGAUUAUGGACUAUUAUGGAUAGGAAGCUGUUAUAAGAAGAAAUUGUAGUUCUGUUUCAGUUGUUUGUGCAUUUUCAAAAUGUUUUUUUAAAGAUGAUGUAAUGCCUUGAUGUCAUAAGUGAUAUUGUAAUCAUUCCUUCAUAUCAUGAGUAUUUACAAAAACUAUUAUUUAUUUCAAAUAAUGAUUUUGUUUGCAAUAAAUGAGUGAUCAUGA